AAACCCACAGAGGCUCGCAAAAAGCCGUCUCGCCUGCAACACACUCACUCUCUUCCUAACACCGCUUGCAGUGGAUUCUCCAUCUUACUACAUACGUCUGCAGGUCAUUUAGUAGAGAAGCCAGCCCUUCCCCGCCUCAGGGGUCAGCAGAAUAGAGAACAACAUGUGACAAUCAGUGCUUCGCAGUCGACAGCAUGCUUCGAUUCCUUUGGACGAUGGCUCUCUUCUUCUGGUAUUAUUUGCUACUUCACAGCCGAGCUCUGGCCGAUGAAGAAGCCACAGGUGAACUCACACCAUCAAGCAAAAAUUCUCCUGAAGAGAAGUCUAGCAUUUACUCAUGGCUUCCAUCCAUGCCCAAGCUUCCCUCAUUUGGCUUAUUUGGGAGAUCAGGUGGCAAAAAUGAAGACGCUGUCUCAACUACAACUGCCAAAGGGGUGACAGAACUAAUCGGUCUCUUUGAAGACCAUACGGGAUCAGGAGAAGGGAGCAAUUCUGAGGAAUCUCAACAAACCACAACGUUGACUCAAGGGCUUUUUAUGAGUGUGGCAAAGAUAAGAACUGAGCCACCUCCCACUGGGACAUCAGAUUUGCCAUACAGCAGCAUAGCUCAGGGCAACAGUGAGACUUUUGUUUCUCCCACAAGCAGCUACAUCAGAAAUACUCUGUUCACAAACAGUCCUCACAGAAGUAACACUCCUGAACAAAACACAACACAUAUGUUAACACCAUGGAGAUCCACGACAGCGGCGACUUCUAGCACAGGUGCCACUGAAAAUACCCUCCCCAGUAGUGUUUACCGGGAGACCAUCGUUCCCACAGAAAGGAUUUCUUCAACAAUCCCACCAGAAGCUACAGCUCCCACUGCCAUGACAUGGAAAACAGUCCGAACCACAACACCCAAACCGGGACUGGUGGAGACUACUCAAACCAGCACACACCUUCUGGGGCUUGUUACUCUUCCAGCCAUUUCAGAAAGUAAUUUUGUUGGGGAACAAGAAGAUUUAUCUGUUAGUGUUGCCCUUCAUUCAGUUAAAGGAACAUCAGAAAUUCACUCCACACAAAGUAACUGGAACUUGGGCUUGUCUGAGAUCAGUCUGGUGAACACUGAGCAGCAGCCAGGGGUUACUUCGACUUUUCUAAGGACAGAUCCUACCACAGUAGAAGGCACAACCUCAGACAUGAACCCCACACAAAACCCUUUAGACCUCUCUGAGACCAGUACAGUGAACUUCGAACAACAUUCAGAAGUAUUCCCUGCUGCCCUCAAGACGGAUCAUAACUUAGAAGUGGUCAGGACAACAUCAGAAAUAUAUCACACACAAAGCUACUUAUACUUGGGCUUCUCUGAGACCACUACGACGAAUGCCAAACAAGAGCCAGGAGUUUUCUCUUCUACCCUCAGGAAGGAUUCAAAUUUAGUGGCGGCGACCACAAAAGCAGAAAUCCAGACUACACAAAGCCAUUUGGACUUGGGCUUCUCUAAGACGAGUACGGUAAAUGCUGAACAACAGCCUCGGGUAUUCUCUACCACCCUCUGGAUCGAUCGUAAUUUAGCUGUGGAAUCCAUACCAAGCACAACUCAAAGCCAAAGGGCCAACUUUCCAAUUGUAGAAGAGCUACCAGGCAAAGAGACUAAGGAAGAGGAUGAGGCUGCGGUUACUUCAACUACAGACGGGGACGCUGACACACAUUUGACAGACACUUCCACAUCAUCUGCCCAGCUACUGAAAACAUCCACGGCACACAACACAGGUAUCCUCUCUGAAUCUCCAUCAUUACUUCUGUACACUGAAGACUGGACAUCUAACCUACCAAGCAGUGACGGCACCUUACUUCCAGACUGCAAUAAGGAACGCUCUGGAAUCUGCAACCUCUCCUACACCUGGGAUGUCACUACUUCCCUGAGGAUGAAACCCACACAAAAUAUCACUACCACAAACCAGUCAACCAACGCCUUCCUAAUCCCAGCUACACCCAUGUUGGUGCCCUUAUACACUGACUGGAACAGCGCCAUGGCGGCCUGGGGCUUGGCGUGGGAGGCCCAUGUCUACGGUGCAGGCGGAGUCUUUGCGGCGCUAACACUCGCCUCUGCACUCAAUCUGCUUUGCUUGCCACUGAGAUGUCCAUCUGGGUGUGGCUAUUUUGCUCUAGUCAGCCUGUUCCUUCUAGCUGCUGCAUGCACCAGGUCCUUCUCCCUUCUUUAUGAUGCCUAUGGCCACCAGGAUCGCAUAUCCUCCACAGAGGCCUCACUCAUGCUCUUUGAAGCGCCUUUUCCCUGUCUUACUGCGGCUUUCGGUUUGGUUUUUCUUCUCCUCUCAAUGCGCUCAAGAAUGCAGCUCUCAUAUUCAGCCUUUCAGAGACCCUGUUUCCUGGCCUGCCUCGUUGUCAUGCACUUUGCUGCUGCAUUUGGUCCAGUGACUUUCUUGAAGUUCUACCGCCAAACGCCCCCUUUGUGCCUCUUUCUGUCGUUGAUCUCUCGUGGAGCCUUUGUGGCGCUCGCAACAUUUCUAUCUGCUGCCUAUUUUGUUUUCUAUAUCUAUGUGCGGGCAGACUCAAAGCACAUCUAUCAUCUAAACAACACGUCUCCAACACCAGCUGAACGCUACAACCGUUGCCCAUUUGCUGAGAGUCGGGACUGGAACCGUGCAGCUAUAACCGUUUGUCUUUCAGCAUUAUUUUCUCUAGCUUGUGCAGGACUGCAGUUUUAUGCAAUGCUUAACGCUAUGGGUGUUAUUGGUGGAGAGGAGGUCUUCUACCCUUGGCCCUGGUGGGCUUUCCAGUUUAGCUGUAGACUGUGUGAACUCGGGGUCUGUCUCACCUUAGCUUUAGUGGUUGCUCAACCAGUUUUUUGUUCUGACCAGCUUCCAGCAGCUGGAAGUUGUUGGACUGAACUCCUAGCAUCCAAAUCCCCCAUCCUGCCUGGGACCUACCAGUGGACACUCAGCCAGCAGGAGAAGCUUGCUAUUGUUGACACUGUUGGACUUGGCGAGACAGAAAGCCUUCCACUUUACACUCUGAUGGAUGAGAGGCUUGGAAGCAGCCUGAAUGGCUUGGACCUCCUCUACCACAGCAACCGGGCCUUAGUAUAUCGAGAUCUCGACUUGGACUUAGGGUUAUUGGGUUCAGAAAAACCUGAGGACGGGGGAGGCAGAGAGCCCUCAGGUGGAUCUUCAUUUUCAAGCGACUCCACUGCAGACCUGCGACCUCCUUCACCAAUCAACUUGCGCCGUAGCAUAGACGAAGCACUCUUCAGUGAAGCAUUGUUUCCCAUGAGCCUCUUCAGUCCUGUUAGACCCAUUCGCUGCAGUGACGCAUCUGUCAACAACCACUGGACGCUUCCAAGCAAUGGUCCCUGUGAGCCUCUCUCCACCGACUCCAGUCUUUAUCGAACCUCAUCCUGCCUUGAAAUGGCCUCUCAGCUCCAGUUUUCCGCCAGCCAGUCUCAAGGUGCAGCCACAGAAGGAGCGCCAACAUCUCCCUCCACGGGCUCAUCCUCCAGCAAUUCGUCAGCUGAACGUUGGAGAAGCAGUUCCUCCUCCUGCUUUCUGUACCGUGCCUCUCUUGCUGGCUCCUCUCUUGUUCUUUGUCCAAGUUCAGAAAGACACACAAGGCAGCUUCCACAGGAAGGCUCAAAUGUGGCCUCCCAUAACCCACAAAGACACUACCAAGCUCUGGGAGCUGCCUCACAGGAAAGCCUGAACCUGUCAACUGAGACAGAUCGAUCUGUGCAGCAGGAAUUCAUUACGGUUUGCAGACAAAUGGAUUCGUUAAGCAUCUGCAGUGAGACUAUAGAUUUAUAAAAACAGACUCUUAAGAGGAACCUGAAAUGAGUGUCUGCUUUGUGCAACAAGAUGAUUGGAAUUUUAAAUGGUAUUUGAUAGUGAAUGUCAGCUUUACGUACUUCUUAAACACUAUAGCUGCAAAAAUGUUUCAGGAGGUUUGGUAAGAUUUCUUAAGGAUUUCGUGAAUGUUCUUGUGAGUCUAAGUGCCAAGACUGUCAAAAGCCAAGAGACUGUUUGUAAAUUUUACAUGUCUUAUAAAAGCAGAUGAUGCUAGUUAAAUUAAGAGUUACUUUUUAUGAAGUGGUGAUAUAAUAAGGAGGUAUUUGUACAAAUGUUUUUAUGGCAUUCCAACAUUCCAAUAGGUUGUACUGUGACAAAUAUAAGCUCUCACCUGCUACUGUUGUAAUAACAAAUAACAAAUACUUAGUCUGGAUAUGUUUUUCUUUCCAAAUGUAAACAUCUCAUAUCUACAUAUGUCUCUGAGGUAUGGUGCAGCAGUGCCCUCUGCUGGCAUAUGAACAGUAUUUAACAUCUGUUUCCAUACACAGUGUUGUAAGAGUGUUAGCUCAUUACAGAUUUCAUCAGUUUUUGCCACACAUAAAUGUUCCAAAUAAUCAAACAAAUUUUAAUGUUGGGUAACGGUAAAAUACAAGUAUAAAAUUCACUAUUCAAAUGACAAUAAAAAUAAAUAAAUAAAAAGCUCUCCAAACCAAUCUGACCCUGUAUUUGAACAGUAAACCUUAUAAUUGUGACAACCUUGGUUGCAGUAAGUUCCAUUAAGAGCUUGCAACAACUAGCAGAAUGUUAAGACUUUGACUACUCCAUUCUUGUAGCUUCACUUUAUCUUAUUUUUUUUUCUUUUGUUUGUUUUGAGCAACUUUAAUUCAAAAUUGCUAGGCAACAGGAUGUAGCAAGGUGAUUAGUUUCUUGAGGGUCUUGCCAAAAAUGCUUAGCGUGUCACUUCAACCAGUGUUCAUUUUACACAUACAUAAAAUCAUUGGAGGAUAUACUGUAUGCUCAGAAUUUAAAAGAAAAACAAAGAAACACAGCAUGCUACAAAGACUAUAAAACUUACCGUAUAAUCAGUUACAAUUGAGGAUAUCAAACUUACAGUUCGCUGGAAUUCAAGAUGCAAUGUUCCGUCCUUCAACGUUAGUGCAGCAAUCCUACGGAGGUAAAAGCAAAUAUUUAUUUGCAACAAGGAUAAUAUAAUCUUAAGAGCCUUUGUUGUAUCAUUAACAGUUGUAUUUAAUUAUACAGUGACAAGUGAAUUAACAUAGUUCAAAAGGAGAGGGGUAGUAUUUGUUGAAGUCUGUAGAGCUACAUUUACAGCUUAAUACAAGAAACAAAGUUAGAUGCUCAAAAGACCUCUUGGAGCACAAAAAGUAGGAUAAAACAGACAACUUCCACAUAGCCACUGUACUUUGUCUAAAUUUCUUGCCUGUAAUUUAACUUUGUAACUUUGAGAGUUAAAAUUUGCUGGAGUCAAAUAGAGUAUUGCCCAGGUAAGCUGUUUUUAUCAUUUUAGCCUUUUGCCUGAGGAAGUUCACUACCCAACAGAAGCAGGUCAUGCUAACCUGCCCUGUGCCUAAAUUAGCUUAUGCGUCAAGUCAACACUACUUACCACAUGUGUUAAUUUCUGUCGGGAUAUUUUAUAACACUAAAAAGGUACACUUACGUUGAAAAUGCCGCUCUCCAUAUUUUUGACAAGUCGCAGCUGCGCCAGUUGAGGGUUCGAGAAAUGGGGCCCCUUCAGGGAGUUCUGCGUAAGCCGACCACUGUGGUUGAAAACUCGGCCCAUCCUCCGUGGCGCUUCGAAGACGGUCAGCCCUCGGGGACCCGCUCUGAGCCAGGCUUGCAGCACCCCUGUGUGGGGAGCUCUGGUCUCACCAGCUUGCAGAUUAUUUUCCUAAACUCUGAGAUCGCCAGGAUUUUUAACCCCAAUAUAAAGUGAAUCAAUAAUUGUGUUAAUAACAGCGUAUUCAUGUUCUAACAUAGAUUGGUUUCUCUAGCUAGUUUCCUUUACUAAAUCAAAGUUUGAUUACUGGGUUCUCAGUUUACUCUAGUUAUCUUUGUCAGAAAUAUUUCGUUUGAUUAUCCAAAACAUUUCUGUGUGACAAAAAAAAAGGAGACCUACUGUACACAGCACUGUACAAUCCUCUGACUGGCAUAUUAAUUUAAGUUGAAAUAAAGCGUUAAAUAU